GUUAAACACAAAUCACAUCAACAAUAAGAAAAAGUUUCAGGGACAAAAACGCGUGUAAAGCAUUAAAUUGUGAAUGCCAGGCCCUUUUGCUUGGUGCCUGCUUUACCUGCCUCUCUGCUCAGGGGAACAUUAGAACAGGGAUUAUGAUCGCAGGAUUACGCCUUUGCGGUGAAACUGUUUUAUCCUCAAUGCAAGCACAGGUAAUCCAAUCACUGCUAACCCUCCAUCAGAGCCUCUGAACAAUUCAUUUCCUUCUGCGUCGCCGUCGAGUGAGCACAGGAAACGGCGCAAUGAGGCCCGGGAGAAGAGCGAGGUGACAGAAUGCCGUUCAUUAUAAGGGGGCGACCCCUGAGGGGGGCACAGUAUGCCAGCAACAGAAAGACCACUCUCUCCAGUGACAUCCCCGCCCUCUGGUCUGAAAGCCAUACCAGCCUCCAACAGGUCCCUUCUCCAGAGCCUGUUCAGGCUCCGGCCAGCACCGGCAAGCCUGUCGGACCCUCGUUUGGGCUUCUUGGGGCCAGCAGUAGUAGUCAGGGACCAGGUGACUCUGGUUCUGGUGUCAGCUCGGUCCUUGCAUGGCAUGCUGCCAUUAAUGCUGCUCGACAAGCGCAAGAUGAUGUUGAAAUGCCUGAAAAGGACUCACGUCCCUCAGUUUGCACAUCUGGACCAGCUCCUGUAGGCUCUCUCGCACAGAGGAAGAGGCAGCAGUAUGCCAAAAGCAAAAAGCAAGGAGUAUCCACCAACAGUCGGCCACCCAGAGCUCUGUUCUGCCUCACCCUCAACAACCCGAUCCGCAGGGCCUGCAUCAGCCUGGUGGAAUGGAAACCAUUUGAUAUCUUUAUACUGCUGUCUAUUUUUGCUAACUGUGUGGCCUUAGCCAUCUACAUUCCCUUUCCUGGAGACGACUCCAAUUCAACCAACCAAGAACUGGAAACAGUAGAAUAUGCCUUCCUGAUCAUUUUUACGAUAGAGACAUUUCUGAAGAUUAUUGCCUAUGGCCUGGUCAUGCAUCAAAACUCCUAUGUCAGAAACGGAUGGAACAUGUUGGACUUUGUUAUCGUCAUAGUGGGGUUGUUCAGUGUUGUCCUGGAGAUGAUAACCAAAGAUGCUGACUCUGGGGGGCAGACUGGAGGUAAACCAGGGGGGUUUGACGUGAAGGCCCUCAGAGCCUUUCGCGUGCUUCGACCUCUUCGCCUUGUUUCUGGAGUCCCCAGUUUACAGGUGGUUUUAAAUUCUAUAAUUAAAGCCAUGGUCCCCCUCCUUCACAUUGCUCUGCUGGUCCUCUUUGUAAUCAUCAUCUACGCCAUCAUUGGUCUGGAGCUCUUCAUUGGAAAAAUGCAUGCCACAUGCUAUGUGAUAAAAACAGGAGACCUUGCAGAAGAGGAGCCUGGGCCAUGCGCCGUCUCAGGGCACGGUCGCCGUUGCCUGGUCAAUGGUACCAUUUGCAGAGAGGGCUGGCAAGGCCCCAACAACGGCAUUACCAACUUCGACAACUUUCUGUUCGCCAUGCUCACUGUUUUCCAGUGUAUCACCAUGGAAGGCUGGACUGACGUUCUCUACUGGAUGAACGAUGCGAUGGGCUUUGAGCUACCAUGGGUCUACUUUGUCAGUCUGGUCAUCUUUGGGUCCUUCUUUGUUCUGAACCUGGUCUUGGGAGUGUUGAGUGGAGAGUUUUCCAAAGAGCGUGAAAAGGCCAAAGCUCGAGGUGAUUUCCAGAAGCUGCGUGAGAAGCAGCAGCUGGAGGAGGACCUGAAGGGCUACCUGGACUGGAUCACGCAAGCCGAAGACAUCGAUCCUGAGAACGAGGAGGAGGGAGAUGAAGAGGGCAAGCGUAACCGGGUCACUCUGGCUGACCUCACUGAGAAGAAGAAAGGAAAGUUUGGCUGGUUCUCUCAGUCCACAGAGACACAGGCGAGCAUGCCCACGAGUGAGACAGAGUCAGUAAACACAGAUAAUCAUAAUGGAGAAGAGGGCAAAUCUCCAUGCUGUGGACCGCUAUGUCAAAAAAUAUCUAAAUCAAAGUGCAGUCGUCAGUGGCGGCGGUGGAACCGUUUCUGCCGCAGGAAGUGCCGGGCAGCCGUGAAAUCUGUGACCUUUUAUUGGCUCGUCAUCAUCCUAGUGUUCCUCAACACCCUCACCAUUGCAUCUGAGCACUACAACCAGCCAGACUGGAUAACUGAAGUACAGGAUGUAGCCAACAAGGUUCUUUUGGCCUUGUUCACUCUGGAGAUGCUUGUGAAGAUGUACAGUUUGGGGCUACAGGCCUACUUCGUGUCGCUGUUUAACCGCUUUGACUGUUUUGUGGUGUGUGGAGGCAUUGUGGAGACCAUCCUGGUGGAGCUGGCCAUCAUGUCUCCCCUGGGGAUCUCUGUUUUACGCUGUGUACGCCUCCUCAGAAUCUUUAAAGUUACACGUCACUGGGCAUCUCUUAGUAACCUGGUGGCCUCUUUGCUCAACUCCAUGAAAUCCAUCGCCUCGCUGCUGCUGCUACUCUUCCUCUUCAUCAUUAUUUUCUCCCUGCUUGGCAUGCAACUGUUUGGGGGCAAAUUCAACUUUGAUGAGACGGUGACCAAAAGAAGCACGUUUGAUAACUUCCCCCAGGCCCUUCUCACUGUGUUUCAGAUCCUGACAGGAGAAGACUGGAACACUGUUAUGUAUGAUGGCAUCAUGGCAUAUGGUGGUCCGGCAUCUUCUGGAAUGGUGGUCUGCAUUUACUUCAUCAUUCUCUUCAUCUGUGGAAACUACAUCCUGCUGAACGUGUUCUUGGCCAUUGCUGUUGACAACCUGGCUGACGCAGAGAGCCUCAACACGGCACAGAAAGAGGAAGAAGAGGCAAAAAAGAGAAAGAAUAGUGCUAAGGACAUAAAUUCAGAGAACAGAGUUGAAACAACAGAAGACGGUGAAACAAAGAUGCCGAAGGAGGCCUUGCUAGAGGGAGACAAAGAGUCAUAUCCUGCCAUCAACUCACCGGGUGGUGAUGAUGUAGAUGAUGAUGGUAACGAGAGUCUCCCUGAAGCCCCCCCAGGGCCCCGACCCCAGCGGCUCUCUGAACUCACCAUGAAAGAGAAGACCCCACCCAUUCCAGAGGGCAGUGCGUUUUUCAUCUUCAGCAGCACCAACCCCUUUCGCGUGUUCUGCCAUAAACUCAUCAACCAUCAAAUCUUCACCAACCUGAUCCUGGUCUUCAUCAUGCUCAGCUCUGUUUCCCUGGCUGCCGAGGACCCCAUCCGCAACUUCUCUGCUCGCAACAUUAUACUUGGUUAUUUUGACUAUGCUUUCACGGCAAUCUUUACUGUUGAGAUCCUGUUGAAGAUGACGGCAUUCGGAGCGUUCCUGCAUAAAGGGGCGUUCUGCAGGAGCUACUUCAACCUAUUAGACUUGCUGGUUGUCGGCGUGUCUCUUGUGUCCUUCGGCAUUCAGUCCUCUGCUAUCUCAGUGGUGAAGAUUCUCCGUGUUUUGCGAGUUCUUCGUCCUCUGAGGGCUAUCAACAGAGCCAAGGGACUUAAGCAUGUGGUGCAGUGUGUAUUUGUGGCCAUCAGGACCAUCGGCAACAUCAUGAUUGUCACCACUCUCCUGCAAUUCAUGUUUGCUUGUAUCGGAGUGCAGCUCUUCAAGGGUAAAUUCUAUCGAUGCACAGAUGAUGCAAAGUCCAGCCCAGAUGAGUGCAGGGGAACAUACAUUCUUUACAACAAUGGGGACACAGCACUGCCCAUGGUGAAGGAGAGGAUCUGGCACAACAGCGACUUCAACUUUGACAACGUCCUCAUGGCCAUGAUGGCCUUGUUCACUGUCUCCACCUUUGAGGGAUGGCCCACUCUGCUUUACAAGGCCAUCGACUCUAAUAGGGAGAACAUGGGCCCCAUCUACAACUACCGCAUUGAGAUCUCCAUCUUCUUCAUCAUCUACAUCAUCAUCAUCGCCUUCUUCAUGAUGAACAUCUUUGUUGGUUUCGUCAUUGUUACCUUUCAGGAGCAGGGAGAGAAGGAGUACAAGAACUGCGAGCUGGACAAGAACCAGCGUCAGUGUGUGGAGUAUGCACUAAAAGCUCGCCCUCUGCGCCGCUACAUUCCCAAAAAUCCCUACCAGUACAGGUUCUGGUAUGUGGUCAACUCCACUGGCUUUGAAUACGUCAUGUUUGUCCUAAUCGUUCUCAACACUUUGUGUCUGGCUAUUCAACACCAUGGCCAGUCACAUCUGUUUAACUAUGCCAUGGACAUCCUCAACAUGGUCUUCACAGGUGUUUUCACUGUGGAGAUGAUCCUGAAGCUCAUUGCUUUCAAGCCCAGAGGCUAUGUCGGGGACCCCUGGAACAUCUUCGAUGCACUAGUGGUGAUCGGCAGUGUAGUUGACAUCAUACUCAGCCAGAACUAUUUUGCUGAUGCAUGGAACACGUUUGAUGCCUUAAUUGUUGUGGGUAGCGUGGUUGACAUUGCCAUCACUGAGAUCAAUAAUACAGAGGACAGCGCUCGCAUCUCCAUCACCUUCUUCCGCCUGUUCAGGGUGAUGCGACUGGUCAAACUCCUGAGCAGAGGGGAAGGAAUCAGGACUCUGCUGUGGACCUUCAUCAAGUCUUUCCAGGCUCUUCCCUACGUUGCCCUCCUGAUAGCCAUGCUGUUCUUCAUCUAUGCUGUAAUCGGGAUGCAGGUGUUUGGAAAAAUAGCAAUGGUGGACGGAACCCAAAUCAACCGCAACAACAAUUUCCAAACCUUUCCUCAAGCUGUCCUGAUGCUUUUCAGGUGUGCCACGGGGGAGGCGUGGCAGGAGAUCAUGCUGGCCUGUCUGCCAGGGAAGCUGUGCGACUCAGAGUCAGACUACAGCCCAGGAGAGGAGAGAACCUGUGGCAGCAACUUUGCUAUAAUAUACUUCAUCAGCUUCUACAUGCUCUGCGCUUUCCUGAUUAUCAACCUGUUUGUUGCUGUCAUUAUGGAUAACUUUGAUUACCUGACUCGUGAUUGGUCCAUUCUGGGCCCUCACCACCUCGAUGAGUUUAAAAGGAUUUGGUCUGAAUAUGAUCCUGAAGCCAAGGGCAGAAUAAAGCAUCUUGAUGUGGUCACUCUGUUGAGGAGGAUCCAGCCUCCGUUGGGCUUUGGCAAGCUCUGCCCUCACAGAGUCGCCUGUAAGCGACUGGUGGCCAUGAACAUGCCCCUCAACAGUGAUGGGACUGUAAUGUUUAAUGCCACCUUGUUUGCCUUAGUCCGCACUGCUCUCAAGAUCAAGACUGAGGGUAACUUGGAGCAAGCCAAUGAGGAGCUGAGAGCUGUAAUCAAGAAGAUCUGGAAGAGGACCAGCAUGAAGUUGUUGGAUCAAGUAGUGCCUCCUGCAGGCGAUGACGAGGUAACAGUGGGGAAGUUCUAUGCCACCUUCCUGAUACAGGACUACUUCAGAAAGUUCAAAAGGCGCAAAGAGCAAGGUCUUGUGGGAAGAAGGUCCUGGGAGAACACCACCUUGGCUUUACAGGCUGGCCUGCGCACGCUGCAUGACAUUGGACCAGAAAUUUGCAGAGCCAUAUCAUGUGACCUACAGGAGGAGGGGCUUGUAGAAACUGGAGAGGAAGAAGAGAUCUUUCGGCGCAAUGGUGGCCUUUUUGGAAAUCAUGUUAACCAUGUUGGCACGGAUCAAACACAACCCACUACAGUCACACAGCGCCCCCUACAGAUCCUACCCAUCUACUGCACUCCCUCUAUCGUACCCACUGAAAUUUGUGCAAGAGCCAGCAACAGCGACAAGAAAGGAGAGACAGAAAUGAACUCCUCACCCAUCCACUAUAAUCAUCAUUCCCCUCUGUAUGAUUACCCUCACUGUAACUCCACCUCUCCUCAGUCCCCAAUACCCUCCAACGCCAACCUCAACAAUGCCAACGUGCCCUCGCUUCUCUCCAUGACCUCUGGGAGGCAGCAAACGUGUUUAUUACAGAGAUGUCGCCCAUCUUCAGCAACAAAUAAAUCAUCAACAACUUACAGCAGGGGAUUGCAUAACAAGCCAUGGAAGUCACAUUCCACGAGGACACGUUACUACGAGGCCUAUAUUAGGUCAAAAAACGGCGGGGUACUUCACCCGACCAUUCGACAAGAAGAGCCAGGGGACGGGGACAGCGAUGAAGAGCGGGCCUCCGGGGAAUACUUCAGUGGGGAGGAAUUUCAUGAAGACGACAUCAUGCUCACUAGGGACAGGUUAUCCAAGACGGACUUCCAUGAUGCUUCAGGGGGAGUUUUUGACCAUUUAAGGGACGAUUGUCAGUCUGAAGGUUACUUUGACGAUGACAAACAGCCUAUAUGCCAAGAUGACCGCCGGUCGCCCAGGAGAUGGUUUCUACCCUCCCCUCAAGCCUGCAACACACCAACAUUCAGCUUUGAGUGUCUUCGCAGAAGUAGUAUAGAUGAGGCUCCUCCAUCUCCAUCAUGCACAGCUCUUCCACUGCACCUCAUGCAGCAACAGGUGAUGGCAGUAGCCGGUCUGGAUGCCACCAGGAUUCCGCGUCGUUCUCCCACAAGGUCACUACGUUCAUGGGCCACACCUCCUGCCUCCCCUAUCAGCCGUGACUGCUCGCCCUGCUACACCCCGCUCAUACAGGUGGACUGGCGCAGUACUGGCAGUGUGGGCAGCAUCCCUGGGGCAGUGAAGAGAAGUUCUUGGUACACCGAUGGCCAGGAUGGUCUGCCCGGAGGCAGCCGCUCAGCGUCACGGCUGCAGUUACCUGCAGAAAGCUGCUCACAUUUCCUGCAGAAGAGAGGCAGCGCUAACAGUCUGGUGGAAGCUGUGCUGAUCUCAGAGGGUCUUGGGAAAUACGCCAGGGACCCUAAGUUUGUGACGGCUGCAAAACAUGAGAUCGCAGAUGCCUGCGAGAUGACCAUCGACGAGAUGGAGAGCGCUGCUAGCAAUCUGCUGAAUGGGAGCAUGGGAAUUGGCAACGCGGCUGGCACAGGAAACGCCAGUUUAGACCCGCUUGCUGACACGCACCCGAGGGACUGCAGCGACGAGGAGCCCUAUGUGGCUGUGAAAUGUGAGGAGGACCUAACGGAUGAGAUGAUAUGCAUCACUUCUCUAUAGCAGCAGCUUCAACAGAUUAUAUAUAGUUUUAAUUAAUGUAAGGAAUGUCUCAACAUACCCUGCAGAGGACAGAAAAUUAGAAACAGGGAUUAAUGUGGGAGAAAAGUGCCUUGUUUUCUUUUUCUGCUUAGUGAAUUAAAGCUAAGACGAACAUACGGUUACGUUUAUAGAAAAAAAAAUGUGUUACAUUUGAAAGCAGGAGACAUAAAUCUACCUGCCAGCUUCCUGGAAGGCAAGUCAUUAAAACUUGGUUUUCUAUUUUCCUAAUCAUUAACAUCAGUGUGAUAAAGCUUCAGAGCUUUUGUUUCUAAUUCCUAGAGAAUGAUUUAACACAGCUUUAAAUUAUCUGUGUGUUUUUUAUCCACCUGGUGGAAAUGCUGUGGGGGAGUAGACUUACACAAACAAGGCCAUAAAUCAUACACUGUUUACUCAGCAUGAAGAGCCAGUACAACAAAAAAUAUGCCACCAUUAACCACCUGCAGAUUCAAGCGUAGACAAUGAAAUAGACUUAUUCGGAAACUUCUCUUGUAUUUGAAUCUACAAGCUGCAGUGACUUUUUUAACAAACAAAUAUAUAGAUUUUUGCACGUGGAACCAAAGAAGUGAGUUGAAAUUUGACAUGGAUUCAUUAAAUAAAACAAAAUCAAUUGUUUUGAUGUUCUGGGAUUACAAGAACUAGGAGGUUUCUGUACUUUUGCUUUAAAUUCAAUACACAUGCUUGACUUUACCAAUCUAAAUGCUACGGCCGACUCGAGGCGUUCACAGUAUCUGCAGGUGUUUGAGAGCCAGCUCAGAAAAUAAGUCCAAUCAUAAUGUUUGUUUAAAGAAUACUUAUGACAUUGUUACUUAUUGGAAUGUGAUGAAAAAAUAAGCAAAAUCAAAUAACAGCAUUAAUAAAUUGCACAAAUAAAAAAUAAAAAAAAUUAACAUUUCGAAAUCUUUCUGCCUGGUUUGCAGUUUAGAUGUCACAGUCAAACACUAAUUGGGCCUUCGGUUUUCCAAAGAUUACAAAAUUUCCUGAAAGUAGUUGCAUUUCAUUUGUAAAUAUUGUGUGAUUUUACAAUUUAAUGGUUUAACCUGAUGGAAGCAUAUAGUUUUUUGUUUGUUUAUUUUAGCUUAUCUGUAUUAGUCUGAUCCAAAGCCAGAGCAGCUAGUACAGUGCCUUGUUAAAAGUAUUCACACUCCUUUAACUUUCCCACAUUUUGUCACUUUAGAACCGCAAGCUUCGGCAUAUUUUAUUGGGAUUUUAAGUGAUAGACUAACAAAGUAGUGCACAUGUGGGAAGUGAAAAGAAUUAGAUAGUGUUUUCAACAUUUCUUUCAAAUAAAAAUCUGUAAAGGAUGUUGUGCAUUUGAAUUCAGCCCCUUUAGCUUUGAUGCCCUAAUUAAAACACAGUGAAAAAGGUUGCCUCGGCAAGUCCUUUAAUCAGUUAACCCUUAAACCAUUAAAUUAGUUAAACCAUUAUUAGUAAUGGUUUAAUAUCAAAGCAUAUUUAUGAGUGAGAAUGACCUAAACAUUCCUGUUUGCAGAUGCUCUCCAUCCAAGUUGAAUGAGCUUGAGCUUUGAGACCAAUGAGCGAAAAUGUCAGUUUUCAGAUGUGCAGUUUCUACAAAAUGUUGAAUCAUGUUUUUUUUCUCACACUUCAUUCACUUUCAUUUCCCUAUUAUGCAUUACUUUACAUAAAAUCCCAAUAAAACCUUAUUAAAGGCUGUGGUUGCAAUUAAGACAAAAGGUGAAGACGUUCACGAGGUAUUUAUACUUUUGCAAAGGACUAUAUAUUUAAAUAAAGCUGCUGUGGGUUAACAGUUCUGGA